AUGACGGGGGACAGCGAUGCGUACUACCACGGGGGUCACGUCAUGAUCGGUGGCUCGCAGGACGGCACGUGGGUGGGCUCUGCGCAUAUGCGAGCCGUAGACUUCGUGUCGAUGGGCAAGUUCUUCCACGAGUACCCCGCCCUGUACUUCAAGUUCCAGGGCGGAAGCAUCGGAGCCGGCAACAGCAGCAGCGUGGAGCGGUGCCUCUUCAGCUCCUCGCAGGCGGGCGCGGUGGUGGGUGAUGGCGUGCAGCGGCUCACGCUCAGCGGCAACAUCUUCCACCGGACGUACCGCACGGCCCUGUGGAUCAUGAGUACGGCUGUCGGGGACAGCGUCGUGGUGCAGGGUAACGUGGCUAUCGAGACGCUCCGCCACCCGCUCGAGGCCACGGUCUGGAUCACCGGCUUCGCUGCCUUCCUCAUAGAGGUGCCUGUGGCGAGCCUCGUCGGUAACAUCGCCGCCGGAUCCGCUGAUACAGGCUUCAUGAUCCGUCCCUCCUUGGACGCCUGCGUCGAGGGAGACGCUGGGCUGGCCCCACUGGACGAGGAUAUGAUGAAUGAGGCCGUGGCUUGCAUGACUGGCUUCUUCAUCCUGCGUGGCUGGUGGGCUGGCAACUGCGCCACGCUGCGCGGGGCCGUGGCCUGGAAGAAUAGUCACAUCGGCGUACUCACGGUGGACCAAAGCAUGAAUUUCCGCAUGGAUUCCGUUCUGCUGUCCGACAAUCACAUCGGCACUUCUCUGCACUUCAACCGUGCUCGCGACGACAACGAGCACCGUGUCUACAUGCACAACGUGACCAUCUUCGGCUCCACGGCGGCUUCCACGUGCGAUGCGUCCAUCGGGUGCCGCGCCUACGGUAGGUCGGACAUGGUGGGAUCUGGGUGCAACUCCGUGGUGGGUUCCGUGUUCAGGCGGGUCGGUUUCCUCUCGCACGUCGUCAACGGCAUCGGGAAGUUGUGCGAGGUUGGCGGCCAAGUCCCCGUGUGCCGGCCACCCAACACUCCGCAGAAGUUGUGCGUGAUGCCGUGGGAGCACCGCCUCGGCAGCCACGGCUCGCGCUAUUCGGAGGUGAUCUGGACGUCGCCCACCUUCGGGCACUUCAGCAGCGACGACUGCGGCACACCCUCUGUGGCUUUCACGAACAAUCCCACGGGGAUCGACAUGUUUCACCCGAAUCGCUUCUCCGAUGUCGUCUGGCUGAGCACGGUUUCCGACGACGCCCGCAUCGACCUGGCCGACUGGUCCGGGGCUGCUUCGUGGAAUCGCGUCCAGUGCGACGGAGCGUGCGACGGCGUCCUGCAGGCGGCUUUGCUGGACAUGGACGGGAGCCUGCUGGGCGUCGGGGCCGAAGGCUCAGCGGUGACGAGCCUGAACCCCGACCUCGCGACGAGCUCCUGCGAAGAACGGCCUGGCCACUUCGCUUGUCCAGAUCUCAAGCCGCGGGUGCUCUGGUGGGAAGCUUAUGACGUCAAUAUCCCUGCGGUCUUCAGCAGGUUCAAGGCCUGGCGCGAGUCGGACGAGCGGUCAACGUGGUCAUCUGGCCCGUACGACGACGGCUGCAUCCCAGACCCGCCCGACCAGGACCGGUACUGGCUGCUCCGGCCCAGCGACCGCUACAACUUGACAAUGUUCGCCUCGCCCCCAAAGCACCACCGGCUGUUCUACUUCAGCGAGAUCCCGGCCUCGGUACGCCUGGACAUCUUCCUGACCCAGCCCUUCCAGCUGCAGGUGUACGUGGACGGCGUGCUGCUCGGGGAUGAGUUCGACACCAGCAUCGCCUGCGCGACGUGCUCCACCGCGACCCCGGUGGCAGAUCCCGAGUCGGAGCCAGAGCCCGAGUCGGAGCCGGAGUCCGAGUCGGAGCCAGAGUCCGAGGCGGAGCCGGAGUCCGAGGCGGAGCCAGAGUCCGAGGCGGAGCCAGAGUCCGAGGCGGAGCCAGAGUCCGAGGCGGAGCCGGAGUCCGAGGCGGGGUCGGCCGAGAGCACUUCGCGAGCCGAGGCUCGGCUGCCCGUGCUCUCCGACCCCCACGGCUCGCACGCCUUCGACCCCCACGCGCGCCGCUUCUAUCUGGUGAUGCACGGCGGCAUGCACAGCGGGACGGAGGCGACUCGGGGAGGCGGGUGGAUCAUGUUAAAGAUGAUUCAGGUCGUGCAGCUCUCCCUCACUGUCUCGAUCCCUGUGCAGCAGUUCGACAGUUCAAGCUUCAUCGACAAUUUGGCGCUGCUCCUCCAGAUCGACCCAUCGCGGAUCAAGGUGGUCUCGGUGCAGAUCGGAGCCCGUCGGCUUCGUCGCCUCGUAGCGAACGGCACCGCCGACGGGAACGAGACUUCUGCAGCCUCAGGCCUGGCUCUCACGGUUCAGAUCGCAGAAGAGGAAGCCGUGCCGGUCGAUGCGGCCAAUGCCACCAAUUCAACGAAUGAAACCAAUUCGACGAAUGGUUCGACCGAGGCUGGUCUUGGAGUCUCAUGGAACGUGGAGUCGUUGGCCGCGCUCCAGGAGAUCGCUACCAAGUUUCAAGAGAAGGUGGCCAGCGGAGAGGCCACCACGGUGUUGGGCGCCGACAUCGAGGAUGUUCUGGUUGAGGUCUCGGAGCCGACCGUGGAAAUGGCGACGUCGACGAGCACGACCACCACCACAACGACGCAGACCAAUACCACUGAGACGAGUACGCUCUCGCUUACCAGCGGCACAACGUCGACUGCCACUUCUGCUUCUACGACGGUCAGCACAACUACUUCUGUUCAUACCACUUCCGCUACGGAGACCACAUCCGCCACAUCCACUACCACGGUUCACACGAGCACCGCCUCCACGCUUUCGGCGACCAGCAGCGCCACAGGGACCUCCGCGACCACUCGCACCGAGACAGGCACGACAGCAUCGACUUCAAGCGCGACUACCCCCACCGAGACAGGCACGACCACAUCGGCCUCAAGCUCGACCGGCACUUCCACGUCCGACACCAGCGAGACCAUCAGCGCGUCUUCCACCACGACCGUGCACACCACAACGUCACUUCCACCGCGACGAGUGCUACGCAAGCUGCAAGAGUGA